AUGGGUAUUCUACAAAACUUUCUCAAACGUAUAGAAGUCAAGCAUGACGGUGAUGGUAAUAUUGAAGACGAACGGGGUUUAAAAAGCAUCAACGCCGAUACUCGACCCCUGGAAACCGCCAGACGAACUUUCGGCCCAUGGGAAUACGCAACGCUGUGGGUUGUCACAGGCUCCUUCAAUAUUGGUGGCUGGACAACAGGUUCUUCGCUGAUUGCCUAUGGCUUGAAUGUCUGGCAGGCCAUGUUGACAGUGGUCAUUGGCAACAUCGUCGUCGGUAUUCUGUGUGUCAUGACUGGUGCACCAGGCGCAAAAUGGCACAUUGGAUUUCCCAUUAUCCAGCGAGCUUCUUGGGGUGUUAAUGGAUUUGUCUUUGUUGUCAUUCAACGUGUAUUUUUGGGAUGCAUCUGGUUCUCGACGCAGGUAUUUUGGGGUGGACAAUGUGUCAAGGUCGUCUUGACGGCUAUAUGGCCUUCUUUCGCCCGAGUGAACAAACCUCUGGCAAACGGGACAAUGACAACCGGAGAUUUCACAUCGUUUAUUAUCUUUACACUGCUGUACUACCCCUUUAUCCGGAUCAGGCCGGAAAACUACAAACGUCCCUUUCUCAUUUCAUGCGUAAUGGUCAUCCCUACUAUUAUCGUGACGUGGAUCUGGUUCAUGGUCAAGGCCCGUGGAGUCGGAAUUCUGGUGACCGAUGUCAGUUCUGUGUCUGGCGUAACUCAAGCUACUGGAAGUUAUUUGGGAUGGAUGAUGGUACUCGGUAUAUUCACCAAUAUCAAUUCCAUGAGUGUCCACGUCUACGUCCAAUCGGACUAUACACGAUACGCUCGAAAGCCCAAUGACCCGGAUCUUGCACAGCUUAUCGUAGGACCCAUGGGUACCAUGUUUGUGGCCCUAAUCGGAAUCAUAUGCACAUCUUGCGCAGCUCAGCUAUUCCCUGAACAAGAGGGUAAGCUCCUCUGGGCUCCAUAUGAACUCUUUGCAGCCCUUCAAGCCCACUACGGAAAUUCAUCUCAUUCCCGUGCUGCAGUCGCGUUUGGCGGACUAUCGUUCAUGAUCGCUCAAUUCGGCAUGGUCGUCGCCAACAAUGGUGUUGGAGCUGGCCUCGAUCUAUCUGGGCUGUUCCCUCGCUACUUCACAAUCAGGCGCGGCAUUGUAUUGAUGUCCAUCAUAUCAUUCAUUGUGCAACCCUGGGCCCUGCUCAACGGCGCCAGUAAAUUCCUCACCGUCCUCGGUGGUUACGGCGUCUUUAUCGGUCCCAUGACUGGCGUAAUGUUCUCCGACUAUUUCCUCAUUCGCAAACAGAUCCUCAAACUAAGUGAUUUAUACAACUAUAACCCCACCGGCGACGGGAUCUACUGGUAUAACAAGGGAUACAAUUGGCGCGCACUCAUUGCCUGGAUGAUGGGUGUCUGGAUCACAUUACCGGGCUUUGUGCACAGAGUCCGAUAUGGUUCAAGAAGUCAAUGGGCUGGAUGGUCGAAUCUUUAUGACCUGUCGUAUUUGCUGGGUUGUUUGUUGACUUGUGCGACAUAUUAUGGGCUUCAUAUGAUUUCGCCUAUACGGGGGGUGGGAGUUCAAGAUGAUGAGGACUACUUCGGGACCUUUGAGCAGGCGAGUGUGAUUGACGGAGUUGAUUCUGUUGAGGGAAGUAGUGAGCCGGAGAUAGAGGAGAAGGUCAAGUCUGCCGUAUAG